AAAAGCAGCUCGGCUCGCUCGGUCUCUUCUGUUGACCGGCUGGGCAUCUCCUCUUCACCACCUUUAACGACCUUUGGUAGUGCAAAAACUGCUCCCCAAACCACUCAUGUGGACCAACCAGCUUUUGCCACUCGGACUCUUCCUUUAUUGCAUCUUCUCCAUCCCGUUGGCAGAAGGCAAAGGAAAAAGAAAUGCCCUUCAUGACUAUCGAAAGACAGCUGAUACCUUAUUAAUGAGAAUAGAUAAGACACUGAAAGUAAAAACUAAGCUGCUAAAUACCACGGAACAGUGUGCCAAGAGAUGCAACAGAAAUAAAGGCUUCCCAUUCUCAUGCAAGGCUUUUGCAUUUGAUAAAACUAUAAAACGCUGCCAUUGGUUAUCCUUCACUAGCCAAGAAAAUGGUGUGAGGAGCAGGCAAGACAACACGUUUGACCUCUAUGAAAAGAAAGACUAUGUUAGGAAUUGUAUUGUUGGUAAAGGAGGAAACUAUAAGGGAACCAUAUCAGUGACUAAAUCUGGCAUCAAGUGUCAGGCAUGGAAUUCUGCAAUACCUCAUGAACACAGCUUUUUGCCUUCGAGCUAUCGAGGUAAAGAUCUUCGAGAAAACUACUGCCGGAACCCGCGAGGAGAAGAAGGUGGGCCCUGGUGCUUUACCAGCAAUCCAAUGAUACGUCACGAAGUCUGUGACAUUCCACUUUGUUCAGAAGUUGAAUGCAUGACAUGCAAUGGGGAAGGCUAUAGAGGCCCAAUGGACCACACAGAAACUGGCAAGGAAUGUCAACGUUGGGACCUUCAGAGACCACACAGGCACCCAUUUCGUCCAGAGAAAUAUCCUGACAAAGGCUUUGAUGAUAAUUACUGCCGCAAUCCGGAUGGUAAGCCGAGGCCAUGGUGUUAUACUCUUGACCCAAACACCCGCUGGGAGUUUUGCUCAAUUAAAACAUGUGCUCAGAAUGUGGUGAACAACUCUGCAACGCUGUCUGAAACAACGGAGUGCAUUCGAGGACAAGGGGAGGGCUACCGUGGCACUGUGAAUACCAUAUGGAGUGGAACUGAAUGCCAGCGCUGGGACUCCCAGACUCCCCAUCAACACAACAUCACACCGGAAAACUUUAAAUGCAAGGACUUAAGAGAGAACUACUGCCGAAAUCCAGAUGGAGCUGAGGCACCCUGGUGUUUUACUACCAACCCCAAAAUUCGUAUUGGGUAUUGUUCUCAAAUUCCGAAAUGCGAUGUGCCGAAUGAGCAAGAUUGCUAUAGAGGAAAUGGGGCAAAUUACAUGGGGAAUCUAGCCCGGACACGGUUUGGCUUAACUUGCUCUAUGUGGAAUGAAAACAUUCAAGAUUUAAGGAGGCAUCUGCCACUAUAUAGAGAGCCAGAUACUAGGAAGCUGAAGAGAAAUUACUGCCGCAAUCCAGAUGAGGAUGCUCAUGGUCCCUGGUGCUACACGAGUGACUCUCGGAUCCCCUGGGACUACUGCCCUAUAUCAAGAUGUGAAGAUGAUCCAGUCCCUGUGAUAAGCAAUUCAGACAUUGCUGUCAUUCCUUGUGCCUCAACAAAACAAUUGAGGGUUGUUAAUGGAAUCCCAACUCAACCUGACAAAGGAUGGAUGGUUAGUUUAAAAGACAGCAGAGGCAGGCAUUUUUGUGGCGGUUCACUGGUUAAGGAAGACUGGGUCUUGACAGCCAAGCAGUGUUUUCCUUCUCGGUACAACCUCAAAGACUAUCAAGCUUGGCUUGGAAUACAUAAUAUUGAAAGAACGCAUGAAGAGAAGCAUAAACAAGUUCUGAAUAUUUCCCAGCUGGUAUAUGGCCCUAAAGGAUCAGAUUUAGUAUUGCUGAAACUUUCCAGGCCAGCAGUAAGCAGUGAUGCCGUGGCUAUCAUCAGGGGGCCAAUUUCUGGAUGUACCAUUCCCGAAAACACCACCUGCAGUGUUUAUGGAUGGGGACACACAGGAAGCUCCAAUUUUGAUGGACAACUUCAAGAAGCAAACAUGAUCAUUGUUGGAAAUGAGCGUUGCAACCAGGAUUUUGGAGGCAGUAUAGUCAUGAAAGAGUCAGAAAUGUGUGCUCGGGCAGAAAGCAUUGGCAGUGGAACUUGUGAGCGAGAUUAUGGUGGUCCAUUGGUCUGUGAACAGAACAGAAUGAAAAUAGUAGUGGGAGUGAUUAUUCCUGGGCGUGGAUGUGCCAUUCCUAAACGACCUGGGAUUUUUGUCCGGGUGGCCUUCUACUCCAAAUGGAUUCACAAAAUCUUAAUGACAUACAGAUCAUAGCUGAACAUUCCAGCCAAGAUUGUAAAUUCCAGUUAUGGGAACAUUUUGGAGAGUAUGAAAUUGAUGUAUAAUAGAAAACUCCUUGCUACUUUAAAAAUAACAUCAAUCAAGUACUACUUGAUAGGCAACUUUUGCAGAUAUUUAUGGACAUUUCUGUCAUGUUCUGUCUCUUGGUGUGUUAUAUGAAAUGACUCAUGGUAUAAGAAAGUACGGUGACGUAUUUCCUGAAGAUACUUGAAUGGGAAAGCAUAAUUGCAAACUAUGAUUACUGAAUUAGGAGGUGAUUGCUGGAAUUAGAAUGUCCAAUUUUUCAUAUGCUGCUGGCUUGGUCAGGUUGUUAACAAGACAUCAACACAAUUUGAAAUGUAUAACUUCUUUGGAGCAUCUUAAUUCUUGAACAGGACAGCAAAAAAUCUGCCCAUCAUUCAGAAAUGAUGCAGUCCCAUAGUAAAAAGUACACUUAAUACUUUAAUCCCAGUUAUAAAGAGUUGCUUGGAUUUAUAGAGGAAUUUAGCAUAUGUCCUACAAACAAUAUUCCUUGAUGGCAGAGGGAAGUCACUUGCACAAAUUGUUUAUGGAAUUUGAUGGUAUAUUUGCUGCUGGUUUUUUUUUUACCAUAAAAGCAAUCUCCUAAAUUAAUAGAAAUACUUAGGAAACAACCUACAAGGCAUUAUUAUUCUUGUAUUUUUGAACUAGACUGGCUUUCUGUGCAUAUUUACCAGAGAAUACAGUCUAGGAGAUCCCAUGAAUGAAUUCCAUUCCACACAAAUGGGCUCCAACAUGCGUAUGGUAGACCAUUUUACUAGUACUUGGGCUGGGAUGCAAAGCUGUGUGUCACUAGUGCUGUCUGGCCAGGGUGAGUUUUGAUGUCUCCCUUGAGUGGCAGACCACAGAAUCAUAUAGCAAACAACUUUGAUGCUCUGGGUCAGAAAGCAGCUUGUACUAUGGCUUGCAAAGAUGGACAGUCUCCUUUUCAAAGGGAAAAAGAGGGAAAAUCCUAUUGGGCAUGGCUAAAAUAGCUCUUGGGGUACCAGCCAUAUUUUUUCGCUUAGGCCGCAUCUUGCUCCUAGCCAUUCUGCUCUGCAACUUUAGUGACUUUCUGUGGCAGAACUACAUAUUUUUUCUCUGUACAUCUGCCUUAUAAGUUCAGCUGCUGAUCCUCCUCCAUAAAGGGUGACUCCAUUGUUUGCAUCAGUCUGCUUACCUGUAUAAGGGUUUCCCUCCUACAAAUUUCUUUCACUGCAUAUACAGAAGCUGCUUUCCCCCCAUUAUUUAACCUGAGUUCCAGACCUGAGUAGUCUUUGAAAAAAGUCUAGAACUUUGGGUUGGGAAAAGAGAAACAUAUUGUUUGUAAACUAAUAUACAUUUAGUUAUAUAGUGAUAUGUAUGUAUGUUAUGUAUGUAUUAUUACAUUGCAUUACAUUUAUAUCCCACCUUUUUUCUCCUGUGAGAAACCAAAGGAAGCUUACAGAGCACCAUUUUAUCCUCACAACAACCACCCUGUGAGGUAGGUUGAGCUGAGAGUCUGUGACUGGCCCAAAGGCACCUGGUGGGCAUUAGAAUGCACAGCUCUUGGGUUCCCAGUCCAGGUCAUCAACUCUUGCACCACACCGGCUCUUAAUAAACUUCAAUUAGCAAACUUCAAAUUAAGCUUGCCUUAGAUGUUAGGAAUUGCAUGCUGCAUUAAAAGGCUAGAUUUGAGAUUCAGGUAAAAUUCAAGCGAGUGAACAGUACUUGCUUCUUGCUGGGUUUUAGGAAUAUCAAGCUAAAUCCUUUGGGCUAUAUUCUGUGUUAGUCCCAUUCAUUUCAGUUAUCUUCUUCUCAGUAGAGCUAACUUUGGAUAUAAACCAUACUCCUAUAAUCAUGCACUCAAAAUUGUGUGUGUAGUCAUUCAAAGCAAGGAGUCAGCAGACAAUUCCUACUUAGUAAAUGUUUUAAGAGACAUUGGACCCUUGUAGCCCAAACUCCCAGUAUUCUUUCAGUCCAACAGUUAACAUGUACAGCAGCAGCCUUCCCCAACCUGGUACCUUCCAGUUGUGUUGGAGUACAACUACCAUCCUCCCCAGCAAGCAUGGCCUUAGGCCUACCAGAAGGGCACCAGGUUGGGGAUGGCUGCUCUAAAUGUUUAUGGCUGGCCCUACAUUUGUUUUUCUGUUGGAAGAUUAAUAUAAAUUAAAAAUUUCAAAGUGUAUGAAUCAAAGCAUAUUUCUUAUUAAUAAUUGCUGUUACGUGCUGCCAAGUUGUCUCUGACUUACGGCGAUCCUAUAAAUCAUUGUCUUCCAAAUAUCCUGCUCAGUCCUGCUCAGCUCUGGUGAACUCAAACCCUGGUUUUCUCCAUGGAAUCAAUCCAUCUCAUAGCUGGUUUUACCCUUCUUCCUCUGCCUUCAACUUUCUCUAGCAUUAUUGUCUUUUCUAGUGAGUCUUGUCUUGUCUUCUCAUCUUAUGUCCAAUAUACACAAUAGCCUCAGUCUCCUCAUUUGUGCUGCCAGGCUUGACUGGCUUGACUCGAUAGAAAUCUAACUAGUUCAUCUUUCGGUCAGUCAGAAUCACAAAGAUCUCCUCCAUCAAGAUGUUUUGAACACAUCCAUUUUCUUCCUGUCGGCUUUCUUCACUGCCCAGUUUCCAAGCCCAUACAAGGUGAUCAAGAAUAUAAUAGUUUGAUGAUCUUGGGCUUGGUCUCCAGUGAAAUGCCCUUACAUAGAUGAUUAUGUCGAUAGAUUCUCCAAGAAUGCUGAUCUUUUUCAGUUGGACUCUGCAUGCCUGUCCUACAAGAAUCUUGCCUCAGUAUUAGAUCCACUCUGUUUCUUCUGAGUUUUAACUUUCCAGAGUGAUGUGUUUGUCUACUGAAAAUGCCCUGUUCCAAUCUACUUCAGUUUGCUCACACCAAGUACUGUGAUGUUCAGCUGUUCCACGUCUUGCUUUAUCGUUUGCAGUUUGCCUUGAUUCAUACUUCUCAUGUUCCAUGUUCCAAAUCUGUGUGUUGCGAAGAGUCAGAUUUUCCUUUCACCUUUGUUCACACUGGCCACUAGGCAUCCCUUUCAGAUUUGAUCUAAUUCUGUCAUCAUUGACAGCAAUCACUUGUGCUUUGCACCCCAGUAGUUGGUUGAGUGCUUUCUGACCUGGGAAUCUCAUCUCUUGGUACUAGCUCUUGUUUCAUUUUGGUUUUUCCAGCAUAGGAUUUUCAAGGCAAGAAAUAAUCAGAAGUGGUUCACCAUUGCCGCCUUCUGCACAGUACUAACCAGAGUUAGUGUGAGCAUCACUGCUUUUGUCUGUGAAAGAUUCUUUGCCAGUCUCACCUUCAAACACCACUGCUGUCCAGUAGUUGCCCUUCAGGAGUUUCUCCACUCUAUUCCCUUCUUCUGAUGUGACCAUUCCUCCUGAAGGGGGUGGAUGCAUCUUAGUCUGGUGUCCCCACAUUGGCCAUUCUGCGUUGGGUGACCCUGCUAGAAGACCAGCCUAGUGAGAAAGCCUGGCCUCCUGGUGGCCUGGCUCUCAGCUUCUGUGACACUCUGGAACCCUCUCACCAUGUUAAGCUGUGCAUCGAGGAAGGGGGCUCAUUUAAAAAACUCAGUUCUGAUGUUAUAUAUUAAAAAAGAAUCUUAUGUCUUAUUCGUGGUGAAUCCUUUUAUUUCCAGAGUCUUUAUUCCUAAACUGUGGUGUAUCCCUUCCAACCUAACCCUUAACUCAUUAAUCAAGGUUCCUGGAUUUAAGCCAGUUUAACCUGGUUAAACUUAAUGUAGCUGGAUCUAUAGAAAAGUGUUUCCUUCAAUUUAACAGGGUUAUGGCUCAAGUUGUAUGAUAUUCAGAAAUGGUAUCCUCUCCUUUUAAAAACUCCUCUCUCUCUCUCUCUCUCUCUC